GGUUCGUGCGCUGAUGAAGAGCAGCGCUGCCUCACGAACCGUCAUUACACACAAGGCAUUUGAAGAAUAGGGCACACCUCACUCAACGACUGGAGCCUUUGCAUCUUUGUUCCGGUUAUCUGCUGCCGACUGGAACGCGCAUUAUUCUGUUUCCUUAUCACCUUGGAAGAAAGUUUCCACCAACGCAUUGCUUUAUGCUCGAUAAGUUUUGGAACUGAUGAAAAUAAUUGCAGGUUAUUGUUAAUUUUUAGUCAAGGACUGCAUUCAACUUUAAUACCAAUCGGAUAUAUAUUUCGCAGCACUACAUUCGAUUUGGACCUAGGGAAAAAAAAUUGACCUGAUAUCCAGGAUCAUGAUAGCGACGCCACCUUCGCAAGCACUUGCUGGAUUAUCUUAACGGACGGUGGAGAAUAUAUCUCAACUCCCCGGAGACUUUGAAAGGAUUUAUAAUCUCCGUUUGUACUCAGUUUAUUUUCUCCGGGGCAAAAGUGGGCACGAAUGCGAGGAAUGCUCCAAUAGUCCUGCCUGGAUGCAGUUACGUUCUUUGGAUUUGGCUUUACCGUCGCGGACCGCAGCCCUCACCACCGGGAUGGGCGUGUGCCGAACCUACGGCCGCCUGCUGUUCGCGGCCGCGCUACUUCUCAGUCUUGUUUGCCUGCCCGUUACUGGAAAUACCAAUCAGCUUAUUGGUCCUCAGUUCGUCGCUGUCCCCCCUCCCCGAGUCGAUUUCGCACACAACGGAGGCGCGCAGCUGGUGUGCUCAGCAUACGGGGAGCCGACGCCUGCUGUCCAAUGGGUUCUAGCGGCUGAUGACAGUCCCGUCACAGACGUGGCUGGCCUGCGUCUCGUGACCGAGAACGGAACGUUGAGUUUCCCGCCGUUCACCCCUGAGGGCUACGUCAGUGAAGUGCACGAGGCCACCUACAGGUGCAUUGCCAGGAAUCGUGUGGGUGCCAUAAGGAGCCCCAACAUCCAAGUGAACGCAGUAAUCAUCCAAGCUUACACUGUAGAGUUGCACGACAAUCACGUGAUGCGCGGAAACACCGCUGUGUUCAAAUGCGCUAUUCCUGCUUACGUCAAGGAUUACGUUGAAGUGACGUCAUGGUCUCGCUCGACAAAUCCCCUGACUUCUGAAGGGAGAUUCAGCAUUCUACCUACUGGCGAACUCCACAUCCGGGACGUUCGUGACGAGGAUGGAACGGGUUACCAAUAUCGUUGCUCUACGAAGAACCGACUGACCGGGGAAGUCAAAGUCAGCCGAGCAGCGCUGCUUAAUGUGGCGAAUCCCACGAACACAGUUCCCGAGAUGAUAAACAGCCGGCGAGAGUACGUGGGCAAAGUCGGGGACGCGGUGGAGUUGCCGUGCGUGGCCAGCGGCUACCCAAUCCCCACUUACCACUGGAAGAAAGACAGUCAACCAGUUAUCUUGGACGACCGCUUGACUCUGAAGGGAGGCAACCUGCUGAUUAACAGGGUGCGGCUAGAGGAUGACGGGGUUUACGAGUGUGAGGCAACCAGCGACUCCGGUAGCGUGACUGCUAGUCGCCAUCUUACCGUUCGUGAGCCCCUGGCUGUGUACUUCUACCCACAGCGUCGCAGCGUAGACGUCGGCGCCUUCGCCAAUUUCAACUGCACGGUCAGCGGCUACCCUAUCGAACGGGUGACUUGGUACAAGAACGCCCAGCCACUGGACGGCGACGACCGGGUGACCAUCUUCGACAACGGCACGCUGGAAGUGUCGGACAUGACCCGUGGAGACCGGGGCAUGUACCAGUGCGUGGCCAGCAAUAGCUGGGAGACCAAAGAGGCAACCAUGCAGCUGUCAAUGGGUGCCGCCAAGCCAAUCCUGCUCGACCACUUCACCAACGAGACCCUUCAGCCGGGGCCCAACCUCCAAUUGUCAUGCACAGUUGCAGGAAACCCUACCCCUGAGGUCACGUGGUAUCGUGACGACGCGCCCAUUCCGCCAAUCAGCAGGUACGCCAACAAUGACGUCAUCAACGCUGACGGGGACGUGGUGAGCUACUUGAACAUCACCGGCUUACGGACGAUAGAUGGCGGGCUGUACCGUUGCGAGGCAACCAGCGAGAUUGGUGUAGCGAGCCAUGAAGACCAUAUUUUUGUUAUAGGCCCACCUUUUGUCCGUCCCCUGCCCAACAUCACCGCAGUUGCCGACCGCGAUCUGACCGUGCAUUGCCGCGUAGUGGGCUACCCGAUUCAGUCCAUUACCUGGUCCAAGAGGGGCCUGACGCUGCCAACUAACAUCCGGCAGACGGUGCACCCCGACGGGACCCUUGUGAUACGGAGGGUGGAGCAAGGCCGGGACGAGGGGGAGUACGUCUGCACGGCACGCAACCAGCAACAGUUGACCCACUCCCAGAAAUUCACGCUUGCUGUACACAUUCCGCCUGAGAUCGCCCCCUUCUCGACUCCACCCUUACCACAAGGCCAGAGGACCCAACUCUUAUGCACCAUCCCGAGGGGCGAUGUGCCGAUAACUAUUUCGUGGCUGAAGGACGGCGAGCCGAUUCCCCCCGGCAUCGGAAUUACUCAAAGCCAGACGGCUUUCAGCAGCUCCCUGCUGAUACUCGAUGCAUCACCCGUGCACGACGGGAACUACACCUGCGUAGCGAGUAAUAUGGUUGCUACUGUGAACUACACCACAGAGCUUGUUGUUUUGGUUCCUCCUCGAUUUGUCUUGCAACCCGAGGACACCUCGGUCGUGUUGAAUCACACCGUCUACAUCCCCUGCGUGCCUGACGGUAAACCCAAACCGGUAGUCGUCUGGAAGAAGGCAGCAGGACCAGGAGCGUCCAACUUUAUGGACCUACCCGAGGACACGAGGAUCUCGGUGACAGAGAACGGUUCCAUGAUGAUAGAGGAAGUGGAAGAGGAGGAUGGUGGAUUCUACCUGUGCCACAUCUCUAAUGACGUGGGAAGUGACAGCAAGACCGCAAAGCUCUCUGUCUUCCUCCCAGCGAGGUUCGACGACCACGAGGAGAACAUCACCUUGGACGCGGGCCAAGACGUCCAUAUCGACUGCCUUGCGACCGGGCACGACCCCCUGGAGAUCCAAUGGCGCAAGGACGGCGUCCUCUACACGCGGCUGGAGCUGGAGGGGAAAUUCGAGAUCCAGAACGUCGCGGCGCGGAACUCGUUACGAUCCGUGCUGAGCGUGUUCGGGGUAGGCCGGGAGGACAGUGCCGUCUACACCUGCCACGCCGAGAACGCGUACGGGACGGACGAGAGGACGACCCGCUUGUGGGUUCUUGAGCCACCAGAGCCGCCAAGCAAUCUUAGCGCUUUGGCCAUCACGAGCCGCAGUGCCACGCUAGGUUGGCGACCGGAAUUCGACGGCAACAGCCCCCUGACUGGUUUCACGCUGGAGUACAAGAACGGCAGUGAUGCCUGGCAAGGUGGACUCCCCACUGCGCAUGUUCCAGCCAACGUCACCAGAUACCUGUGGACUAUAGCCAAGCUGCACCCGUACAACACGUACAACGUGCGCAUCUACGCGUUCAACGCCAUCGGCAUCAGCGAGGCCAGCACGGCCAUUUUGUUCACGACGGAUGAAGAAGUUCCAUCUGGGCCGCCGUUGAAUAUUGAGAUGGAUAGCCACACGUCACAGUCCAUAACCAUCACAUGGAGACAACCACGGGCCGAUUUGCAAAACGGCGUCCUCCUGGGCUACCAGAUCCGCUACAAGGAUCGCGACUCACCUUUCCAGACGAUAUCAAUCCCGGUGGAGACUGGAUACAUCGAGACGUACACCCUGAAUCACCUGAGGAAGUUUGGGGAAUAUACCAUUCAGCUAGCCGGCUACAACCGCAAAGGCAUGGGCCCAUGGUCUCCAGAGAGGAACAUAUUUACACUGGAAGAUGUACCAAGCGAGCCGCCUCGGACUGUGAACGCUGUACCGACUGGACCCACGAGCGUCAUGGUCAUGUGGGACAGUCCAGCCUCCCAGGACUCUCUCAAUGGUAUCCUGCAAGGCUACCGGAUUUACUACGAACCCGUCAGAGAAGAUGAAGAUGAGACUGACGCGCGGGUCUACGAGACCUUGGAGCUGAAUGCCCAUAUUUACAACCUGCAAAAGUUCACCAACUACAGCGUGGAGGUGGUUGCCUACACCAGGGUUGGCGAAGGAGUGAGAAGUCCCAUUAUAUUCGUCCGAACGCAGGAAGACCUUCCUGGAGCACCUGCAGAUAUCAAGGCUUAUGCUGCUUCGCCCACCAGCAUCAUGGUUGCCUGGUUACAGCCCCUCUCCAUCAACGGUAUUCUACUCCACUACUACCUCUACGUGAAGUUCAUGGAAGGCGAAAACGAGGUUACCAGAGAGUUAGAGCUUGACCCAGAUGUUCAUCACUACCUGGUCAACGACCUCCAGACCAACCACGAAUACGAUUUCUGGGUCCGAGGCAAGACCGUCAUCGGGAAAGGGGAAUCCAGUCGAGUUGCCACGGAAAUCCCAAUGACCAGAGUUCCCGCUCGCGUGAUGUCCUUUUCUAAGACGAUCACCACGACGUGGAAAGACGAUGUAACCAUGGACUGCCUGGCAGUAGGUGAACCGACUCCUGUCAUUGAGUGGAAGAAAAACAGAUCAGUAUUAGAGCAGAACGAUCUCGUUCAAGUCCUGUCCAACGGCUCCCUGUCUAUCCGGAACGUUCAGCCAUCGAACGCCGGUAACUACUCCUGCCGGGCCUCCAACAGAUGGGGAGCUCCUGACGAAAUAACGGUGGCUCUCUACGUCGUGGCUCCACCUUAUGCGCCUAUCUUGUCGGUGGGUGCUCGAACAGCCAACUCGAUUCAGAUUAACUGGAAAUCAGGCGGCAAUGGCGGAAGUCCGAUACUUGGGUAUCAGUUGAACUACAAGAGGGAGCACGAGCAAACCUGGACACCAGAGGACAUCAAUUCGACGCUGCGCAGCUACCGGGUCACCGAUGUCCUCUGCGGGACACCGUACACGUUCUUCAUGGUUGCUAGGAACAAGCUUGGGGCCAGCAAACCGAGCGAAGAGCUCGAGGUCCGAACCUUGGGGGAAAUUCCGAUUCCGCCGUCGACUGACAAGAUUGUACCCUACUCCAACGCGACCAGCAUUACCCUGGUCCUGAGCAGCUGGGGGACGGGCGGUUGCCCGAUCCGGUCCUACAGCAUCCAGUACCAGCACUUCGGUGAUGACAACUGGGUGCAGGUGUCCAGCAACAUCCCACCGUCCACGUCCAGGUACACGGUGGAGGAGCUGCACCCGGAGUCUUGGUACGUGUUCCGGGUGACGGCCGUGAAUGGUGCCGGACCGAGCGUCUACUCGUUCCGGAUAGCCACGACUGCCUUCGGGGGCGGAACCGCAGCUCCCCUUGACGUCAGAAUCGACCAGAGCACCGACGAGAACCAGCUGCUGUUUUACGAGAAUCCCCUGCUCUUCGGUCCAGUCCUGGGCGGCAUCACCCUCCUGCUUAUCAUCCUCUUCAUCGGCCUCUUCGUCUUCAGCGCCCGCAAACACCGCAAGGCCGUGUUGAAGAAGGCGGCUAUCAAGGAGGCCGAAACCAACCGGCUGGAGAACAACAAUUUUCCCACUAACGCCAGGAGAUACAUCCGACCAGUAGAGGGCGCACUGGCCGCCGAACAGGAACCUUUCUUGAGCGGGGGCGUGGCUCCCAUCAACAACUUGAGCAGCAUAACUGCAGCCACGCCCUGGGUUUUCAACAGCAGCUCUGAUUUUGAUGGAGAAGCUCUAGAGGGCGCUGUUGGGGGCGACCCAUACCUGAACUAUAACCCGGACGACUCCUCUGACGUGCUGUUCCCCAGCAUGAGCACCUUUCGGUCGACGGGGUCCGAUGACGUCAGCAUUGGCGACCUGGGACCGCAUGGCGGCGCUGUGGCCGUAGAGAGACUUUACGACCUGCCGCCCGAUUCGGAAUACAUGGGUACCCCUGGCAACCGUGCAUCAAUGUCAUCCAGCCACGACUACGCAUGCCUCGACGACAUUCGACCCCACAUGGUUCCCGUCGUGCCCAAUCGCCCGCAGAAUGUGUACUGCGGGACACCAGCGGGGACGACCCGGCCAACUCCCCCGCAUACCCCGGGUGGUACUUCCAUAGGAAGAAGAGUCCCGUCUAAACGCGGAAGUCAAGCGUCCAUCUGCACAUCGGCCUCUGUGAGCGAGGAGCUGGCCUCGGCCUACGAGAACGCCUGCCAGUUGGAGCGGGCCCGUAGGAGGAACCCCCCGUCGGUGACUUCCCCCGGUGCCGUGUCGCACCCGGACAACUACGACUACUCCACGGCCAGCGACAUCGAGGCCGGGAUCCGGCGCUUCACUGCCUCCCCGCCGCUUCCGUCGGUGCCGGAGAGGUCGGACAGCUACAUACCGCACCGUACCGUGUCGUACGUCAAAGAGGGUGCUCGCCCGAGGGAAUAUGUUCGCCGUGUAAGCACCACCUCUCCUCAUCCAAGUGAGACUAGCGAGUCGGAGCAAGACAGGAGCCGGUUCCACGCCCAGGUGUACCGGCCUUCCCGUUACAAGGCCAACAGGCGUGGCCGUAAGGGCUACAUGGCCUCGCGGCCGGUGAUCAGGGCCAGCAGGGGGCCAGCAAGAAGACAGAGGCAGUUUGACAGCCGCAGCAGCACGCCUAGUUCAAGCUCCCCGGAUUUCAGCGGAUCGCGGCGUCAGAUCGGCCUGCGGCACGACCCCUCCAGCCCCUCCGAGGGGUACAUCUCGCUCCCCUACGACAGCUUCAGCGCCGCUCCCAGCGGCGUGACCGACAGCGACACGGAGCCCAGAUGGAAGGGCUACCACCAUAGACGAAAACCGCGAGAAAAGGGGUCUCUGAGCGAACCUGAGCGUGGAUACGCCAAGAAACCCCCGCUCCCACCGGCCCACCGGCAGUCCGCCACGCCCGUCCCCAAAGUGCUUCACCCAAACACUAGGUAUCACGUACCAAAGUACUCUGUCGUGAGUAAGGACAGGACGAUAUACGUCGGGCAGAAAUGGGGUAGCAGAGAGCACCCCCAGUGGGAGGAGGACAUCACACAUGUUGGCAGCGGUGGGCCGAAAGUCGGGUUCGAGGACCUUCAGGCGGGGCAUGAGGUCUCCUCGGACAAGUCCUCGUUCCCCUCCUGCUCACCACCUCCGCCGCCACCCCCGCCCCCCAUGCGGAGGCACAGCCCGGACGGUAACGACCACUGCAUGGAGGAAAUCGAAAUCCACGUGCUGUCCUCCACUACGUCCACAGACUCGCCGUCCAACUACAGAGACGAGAUUAGUAUAGUUUAACCGAGGACCAACAACCGAAGCAGUAAACCAUUAGUAAUAGAUGCACAUUUAAGUUAUCGAUGACAGAAGUCAAUCGUUACCCUUGUAAAACUGGUGAACAGUUUGAUGUCCAAGUGGACCAAUAAUAAGCGGCGUGGAAGAGAUUGUGCCACCCAGUUAUUUAUGUGUUUUUAAAUUCUACAGUGACAUUUCACAUCACCCUACCGACUUAUACCAGCCUUUUUCCUUACCAGAGUUUCUCCGUCGGUAACCAAAGCACCAUCCGUUUAAUCGAUUUCUCACGACCGUCUGACUACAUCAAGCUUCUCGAGUUGAGUUUUCUGUAAUCGUGCGCGAUAUUGUUAUCUCCAUUUACCAUCCAUUUGUAAAUAAGAUUCCCUUUUGUAUGAGACUGGGACCAAGGGCGUACUGGAGGUUAUCGGCAGGUAAUGCAAGAAGCGGCCGAUUUGGCGGAGGCUUUUUGUCGGUUUCGUCUUCGACUCGCAAUGUACAGAGUGAGCUGAUGUCACUGAUUGAUUACGGGACCACAUGCACCGGUAGAUUUGCUGAAAUGGCAGCUUAAUGUAUUAACUUUGUCGUGCUGGUUUGAAAUCAGCUUUACAUCUUGAGAUUGUAAACAAAGGACCACCUGCACCAUUUUUGUCUGGAAACCUAAGUACCGUCGUUAAAUCAAGACUGUCACAUGUGGUUGGGAAUAUAUCUUCUUAAACAUACUUGUAGCUUUACCGAAACCAUGGGAGCUGUGUCGAACUUGUAUACAACCAGCAAAACACAGCUAAUCACUUGAUCAUUAGUUCACGAUGUUCAUUAGUUGAACGGAUCUCUACCAAUGCCCAGACAUACAGAAACAGCAUUAGUGGUUGGGCACGAGCUGAAAGAACACUCGCUACCGACGUUAUCACACCACUGCCGAGCCGCUGUCUUGUUGUCGUAACAAAGAUUCCAGUUACUUGUCGGAUGGCCAAGUACGCAACCGCCGAUCGAAACCUACGAUUUGCGUUUUAGUUAUUCAGGGAUUCAAAUAGGAUGAAGCUACUGGAGUGAGCCUCACCAGUGUGUACAUGUACGUAAACAACCCACUGCAAAGCAGCAUAAUGAUAUUACCCCGGUCUCCCUUUAGUUAGGAAUACUGUCUGCAUUUCAUGCUACAUGUCAAAUUAACAGCUAUCGACUUGCUACACAAGGAACGCGAAGUAUUGCAGACGAAGUGCUGAAGGCCUCAGUGAAGAGUGACAUUCCACCCUAGUGUGCAAAUUCACGACAAAGCGAUCGAUAUUGUUUGUUUCGAUUUCACAGUUGUAAUGAUCCUAUGAUGUAAUAUUUGCGGCAAACAGCAAGCAGCUGCAAUUACAGCUGCAACAAAAAUACCUGGUAUUUUUUUCUUGCGAAAGAAUACAAAUCAUCGCGCUUUCGUUUUUGAGGAUCAGAAAAAUUCGUUACAAAAUUCACCAGUGUUGGUUGAUUUGCACUCGAUUUUAUGACGAGUAUAAACAGGCCUUUUAAUAGGGCGGGCUUUGCCAAUAAUUUCUCGUUACCAUUGGCUAAAAAUAUUCUGAGAAUCCACGCGAAGUUAGGUGUUUGCCAAAGGCAUGUAUGGAAGACUGGAAUCUAAACACUAGAAAAUAAUUGCAAGUUCUGUUAUCGUUUUCUCUUUAAGUAGUCCUCUUACUAAAACCACAAUUUUAAAAAGAAUUCCGUCGCAUUUUGUAGUCUUUGCUCUGUAGUUUAAUUGACUUCUACAGGGUGUCUUAAGAAAAGGAAAACCGAGAUAAAUCUGUUUGUUUCUUGCAGGUGUCUAUUUCUGUUUUGUUGUAAAUUGUAAAUUCAUCUGUUUCAGUAUGACGUUCUCUUCGUAUUACCACCAAGAAAUCCAAAUUUCCAUUAUAGAUGACUGAGCACAAACAGAUGGCUUGGGACCAAAUAGCUGUUUUGAUGUUCAGUUCAUUCUGUCCAGAGAUGGCUUUAUUGUCAGAAUUACGUAAUAUCCCCAAAUGCUAGACAAGCAUUUAAAACAUUGAGAACAGGGGCAGAAGAUUGCGUUGAAAGAAAUGGGGGUGGGGUAGAAUAAGUCCCAAACUGUGGUUGUCUUUGAAUUCAUGAUUUUAGUAGUAUACGUCGUGCUUUUUUGUUUUCUCUUUAGAAAUGCUUCGCGCUUUGCAAACCUAUGAUACCGCUUUGUGCAAAUCCAUUUCUGACACGGUCCAUUAAGCCACUUGGUGCUCAGUGAUGUAUGGCGGAAACGUGGAUUCUUGUUGUCAUACGAAAGAAGACGACAUAUUGAAACAUUUACAAAAUGAAUCAGUCACACCCAAGAAACCGAUUAAUUAAUCUCGAAUCCUUUUUAAAGAUAUCCUGUAUAAUGAAGACUCACAAUAACUUCAUUUUGCUGAGGAAAUAGGACGGAAUUUGCUUUCCAAUAUACAGUACAUUAAUGCAGCUUAUUCCGUGGAGCAUAGAGCCUUAUGAUCGUUACAUAAAGAAACCAAAGCAGUUAGGUACGUUUACCAACCGGUUGACUCAACGCUUGACGGAAGUAACAGAAAGUCGGGUCUAUGUUAGAAGCACACACCGAUCAUUUCGUUUCUUGUCUAACACCUUGGCCGACGUUCCGCUGCAUACACGCUUCGACGAGUUGGAUAGGUGGCGUUUAGGCGUUAAGUUGGUUACGGCUAUUAGUACACUGACGUUCACGUUGGCGAGGAAUCGUGCAUUUGAAAGCUCAUGCGUGUCUACCGACAUGUCUAAAUAUUAAUGCAAUGUUCCAACAAAACUGUGAAGUCACUACCGGCCUGGCUGGUUACUCAUGUUACCUUCUUCGUUGCGUAUUAAAUGACCACCACAUGUUUGCGCUCUUUCUCUGGAAACUGUUGCUACAUUCCGACAACUCCUAUGAAGGAGAAACUGAGCGUAAUUAACCCAAACGUAAACAAUUGGUAAUAAAAUCCCCCAUUGUAAAACGUAGACAGCCCGGGUUCGCAUGUUUUUAUUUUUAACAAUAUUAUUAUGCUUAAUUUAUCGCCGUUCGUCUGCAUGUAACUCGACUAUAGCGAUCUUUCAUGUUCCCUGUUGGGAUAGGGCACAAUUCAGUCCAAGCAUAAGGUUCUUUACCGCUGUUGUGUAACGCGGUAGAUGGGGGACGCUAGAUUACAUCAGCUGGUCUCGUUGGGCAUCGCUGGCGGCCGGUUAUCGAUAUCGUGACCUUGUGGCCUUGCGAAAAUUGUAUUUCUGACUCUGUGUUGCCUUCCUCCAUUGUCAGUUAGGUAAAGGAGGGAUCUCGAUCGUUUGUCGCUCUUGAAGGCGACCGCACGUGCAUAGCGUGUCUGAUAAGGCGUUAACUGAGAAAGGACAUUGCAAUCGUUUGAUCAGUCUCUGUCAGAGCAUAAAGAGAAAGGUUUCGUGGUUCAACGGCUGACGGCUUUUAGAGAGGUUUCCAUAUGUGACUCUGCAUGUAAAUUUACCAGCUCUGGAUUCAGUGUAAGACCUACCACUGUCCAGUAGAGGGAUCCCAAUGCUACGCUUUUAGCGUCGAUCCGCGCACUUCCGCGUUUGAAAAUGAGGCUGUAUGUACGAUCAUACGAUUGAAAGCAAGGAGUCAGGACACAAAAUACAUGAAGGUAUGUUAAAUUCAGACUGUUCAGGCUGCAAAAUUUUGUGGAAGAGUCUUUCAGGAUGACUUGACACGUAAAAUCAAAAGAAGAAAUAACGACAAUUGACCGCGCACUAACGUACCUACGAUGGUCAUGUAUCUUGUGCAGAGGGCGUGGUUUAAACUGAAGUGGCGUCACAACUACGAACCGG